AUGCCACCAGAAAGCACAUGGGAUGGGAUACUGCCAGGUUGCCCAAGCAGAGGUCGGGUUAGAAACACGGAGCUUCUGGUUACCAUCUCACCAGUGGACGUGGUGAACUCAGGCGAAAGUUCCCCGUAUACUCGUGCGCGGACGCAGGAGUUUCCAUAUAGAGCCCUUAUAACGGAUAGAAGUUUGGAAGGGACACCUCUGAUUGCCAGACACUGUCAAAGUUUCUCCCGAUCGACAGAGUCAAAAGCAGAUUUCAGAUCAGGAAAAACAACCGACGUGGGACGUUUGAAGCAGUGGCACUACUCAAGAAUCUGUCCUAUGGAAAAGAUAUGGUCAAUGUAUCCUCGGCCAGGACAAAUAUCGAAUAAUGUGUGCUGCAAACUCCUAUAUGGACGCACAGUUGUAAGACUAUCAAGCGGAUUAACGAGGACACAGAGAUACCUGUGCAGUAACGGUAGAGUACACAUCCUUAAACUUAGGCAAGAAGAAGACUACCCCCGGAACAUGCCUCAGCUACUAUCGUUCAGCUGUAGCAACCUUUUGGCGCCUAGCUACUAUACCACACGAACGAGGCACGCGGGCUGGGAUACUGUCAGGUCGUUCAAGCCUAGACAGAAGCAGUUCGAACUACGGAACUUCCGGUCCCUAGGAUGA